AUGGUAGCAAGAGCAGCUGUGUGGAAGUGUGGCCUGCAGACAUACCUGCAUAGAUUUAGCAAGCAUGGGGCUUUUACUGCAGGCUCUAACUUCCUCAGAAAUGCAUGGAGCACCUGUCAAAGGGAAGCUAUCACCAGGCCUAAGACAGCCUGUUUAGGUAUUCAGUUCCUCUGCUUUGGGGUAAGAUUGGCAACAGCUUUGGACAUUGGAUUAUCCACGAAAUGUGUAGUGAUACCCAAGGAGAUGGGCAUGUGCCACAAUAUUGGAUACUCUGAAAUGAGACUUCCCAACCUGAUGGGACACACAAGCAUGGCAGAAGUUAUCCUAAAAUCCACCACCUGGCAGCACCUUGUACACACAGACUGUCACCCUCACGUGAGGACGUUCCUGUGCUCUCUGUUUGCACCCAUCUGCUUAGAUACGUUCAUCCAUCCCUGCAGGAGUAUGUGUGCCGCUGUCCGUGACAGCUGCGCCCCCGCGCUCCUGUGCCACGGACACCGCUGGCCGGCCAGCCUGGCCUGCGACCGAUUCCCUGCAGACGAGGACAUGUGCCUGGCGCCUCUCACCAGGGACUACAAACACUUGCACAAAGUCCUACCAAAGCCUACCUGCCAGACUUGUCCAGCAGUGGAGGAAUUCUUUACACACAAAAGAGUUCUUGAAGUUUUCUGUGACAGUAACUUUGCAGUGAAAGUAAAGCUGUCCAAGAAGAGAACAGCAUUUGAGGACCAAGAGUAUAACAUUGAAUGCCAGGUGGAAUUCAUUACCCAGGGCUCACUCUUGCCCUACGAAACUCAGAGCAUGAUACAACAGUGGCUACUAAUUAAUGAAAAAUGUAUAGAGAGGAUGACUCCAACCCACCGUCCCAUGGUGUAUCUCCUUGUGGGGAAUAUUGAAGAGGGCAUCAUUUUAGUAAAACAGAUUUAUCGCUGGCAGAGGAAGGACUCCCAGCUGACUGUGGCCACUCAGAAGUGGAGAUACCAUAAAUGCUUGUAAAUAUUUAUCAUAUUAUUUGUAAAAAGAUGAUUAUAUUUCUCAUGCCAAACCUAUCUUGUAAAUAUGAAUGUAUUAUAAGUUGACUACAAAGCUUUCAUUUCCUUUUAAAUUGUAUUGUAAGUUGAACUCAAACCACAUUGUUAUCAAGCUUCCUUUUGGUAGUGUUACAGCUCAUCCUGUUUGAACUUGGACAUCUAGGGAUAUAUGUUUAUUUGAGUUAUGAUUUUAAAAAAUGUAAUAUGUGCAAAAAACAGCAUAAACCAGUUUCAAAUCCA